AUGGAAGAAUGGAAGCAAGGAACCUUCGCUAUUAUGCCAAAUGAUGAAGACAUUCAUACUGCAAAUGAGCGUCGAUUAGGAGAGGUUAUUGGAAAGGACACCGCUGGCAAGCUGCACACAGGUCGCAGCCGCAACGAGCAGGUCGUCUGUGAUAUGCGCAUGUGGCUACGUGACCGCAUCCGUGAAAUCGACAGCCAACUCGUUGCUUUCCUUCAAGUCCUCACUAAACGCGCUGAGGCUGAAAUGUAA